AUGGUCAAAUAUAUUUUAUUUGUUGAUCCAUUACGACAAGAAGAAAUAGAAAUUUUUUACAAGGCCUGCCAAAUGCAUCGAGAAUAUUACAAGGGCUAUCCAAAAUCUUAUCAUCCAUUAUCUUAUUUCCGUGAACCUGAAUACAUCGGGCAGUGUCCACCCGAAAUGACUCCGGUCUAUUUGAGCUACCCAUCGUUCCACGUGAAAUAUAAACAACCUGCGGUCUUACCAGCUACUACUGGACGAACAACAGAUUUUCCAGCGUUGCCUGAUCGUUCAUUAGCACCUCGCUAUAAUAAAGCAGCAUGUAAAGCUUUUAUAAGAUAA